AGAAAACAGGAAGUGUGGCAUUUUACGCCCCGAACUUUCCAGGAGGCCAUGGAGGCCUACGAGCAGGUCCAAAGGGGGCCCCUGAAGCUGAAAGGCGUCGCAGAGCUCGGAGUGACUAAGCGGAAGAAGAAAAAGAAAGACAAAGACAAGGCGAAACUCCUGGAAGCGAUGGGAACUAGCAAAAAGAACGAGGAGGAGAAGCGGCGCGGACUGGACAAGCGGACACCGGCCCAAGCGGCAUUCGAGAAGAUGCAGGAGAAGCGGGUAAGGCGGGUGGGAAGCCUAGGGAUGCCCUGCAUCGCGGAUCGGCGUCUCCCUGGAUGGAUUCAGAGGCAAGACCUGGGACGCACGGGGGAGGGAGAGCGGUCAGAGAGGACCUUAAUUCCGGGGAGAAGACAGUGCGUGAGUAAGAGAGGAAGAGUCCAGAGUGGACCACAAAGGGGAGAGACCCAGGUUUGCAUUCCAACGCUGUCGCUCACUUGCCCCGUGACACUGGGUCAGUGACUCACCUCUUG